AUGUACAGCCUCCAAAACAUUGCUCUCCCAGCCCUUGUGGCUCUUUCUGCGCUUGCUUCUGCAGAGACCAUUACUGGCGGCCUAAGUGGUAGCCCAUGUCCUAGUGACUGGACUAAUAUUCAGUACAAAGACACCCAGAGAUGCUGCUAUGGUAGCCUGACCCUCGAAUCCAACGAUCUCUAUUGCUGUGUGCACAGCUCUUCGAUUUCCAACAACUACCUCGACGAUACCUCAUCCGAUUGCUUCCCAUUCUGUACCGGCACUACUCGUGAGCUUCCUACAAUGACGAAGUUCGCCGCAUCCUGUCAAACCAAGAUUGCUUUCACCACCAAGGACUACUCGAGUCUUGUUUCGGCGGCGUCUGCUUCAGUGACAGGGACCACUAAGUCGUCUGAUAGCGAUGCGACAACGAUGACUACUACAACCGGAGCUGGGACUGAGACUGGCGCCAAGACUACGGCCACGGACAAUAAGUCGGAGACAUCUACAAAUAAGGCCGGACCUGUUGCGACGGCUGAGGGGUUUGCGCUCGGAGGUGCUGCCAUUGCUGCUGCAUUCUUUGCGCUAUAG